ACUGCAGCGGGAGCCGCCGGGGUAGCUUUCUGCGGGGUGGGAGUGUGCGUUCUUGUCCGCGGUCUUGGCUAUGGCGCUGCAGCUCUCCCGGGAGCAGGGCAUCACCCUGCGCGGGAGCGCCGAAAUCGUGGCCGAGUUCUUCUCUUUUGGCAUCAACAGCAUUUUAUAUCAGCGAGGCAUAUAUCCAUCUGAAACCUUCACUCGAGUGCAGAAAUAUGGACUCACGUUGCUUGUAACUACUGAUCAUGAGCUCAUAAAAUACCUAAAUAAUGUGGUGGAACAACUAAAAGACUGGUUAUAUAAGUGUUCAGUUCAGAAACUGGUGGUAGUCAUCUCAAAUAUUGAAAGUGGCGAGGUCCUUGAAAGAUGGCAAUUUGAUAUUGAGUGUGACAAGACUGCAAAAGAUGACAGUGCACCCAGAGAAAAGUCUCAGAAAGCUAUCCAGGAUGAAAUCCGUUCAGUGAUCAGACAGAUCACAGCCACAGUGACAUUUCUGCCACUGUUGGAAGUUUCUUGUUCAUUUGAUCUGCUGAUUUAUACAGACAAAGAUUUGGUUGUACCUGAAAAAUGGGAAGAGUCAGGACCACAGUUCAUAACCAACUCUGAGGAAGUUCGUCUUCGUUCAUUUACUACUACAAUCCACAAAGUAAAUAGCAUGGUGGCCUACAAAAUCCCUGUCAAUGACUGACGGUGAGAUGAGGAAGAUAAUGUAAUUGUAAUCCUCAAAUGUGGUUUUCCAGAAACCAAGUCACCUAUGGUUGAUAUGUUUCAUUUCAUUGGUUAAUUUUGGAAGGGGAAAACUGACAUUAUACUUUACCAAACUGUGCAUAAUUGUUCCAUUUUUAUUGGUACCUAUUCAGUUUAUCAUAGGAUUGACAUAAUGAAUUUGUUGCAUAUUUUUCAAAAGGAACCAACAGGUUUUGUCAGCAUUGUAAUGUCAGUUCCCUUGAAGGUGGUAACUGUAGAUGGAAAAACUUUUACUAUAAAGCUAAAAACUUUCCUAAAUCAGACAUUUGGUCAACUAGCUUGACUCAGAGUAUAGGCAGGGAGAUAUUUAAAUAUAAGAUACAGCAAAAGAAGUCUGAAUAAUCAGAAUUUUUGUUUAGAUCCUGAAAGUAA